AUGGAAACAGACGAAGGCAUGCCCGCCCUCGCCCCGUGCAAAUGGUGUGUGAACCGUGGACUGGAAUGUCGCGUCUUCGCCACCCGGGAAGAUGAGGCGUGUGCUUAUUGCAAACGCAUGAGUAAAGGAGGGUGUGCGGCGAAAGUCGUACCUGAGGAGGAAGAUGAUGAGGGAGGGGUGAUGCUCGCUCAAGUUAUAGCGGACCAGCGGGCCUGUGAUUGUAGGGUCGAUGAGCUGGAGACUCAGUGCCGGGCGCUUGAGACGACGGUUGAGACGUUGUGGGCUGAGCUUGAGGGAAUGAAGGCGCUUGUCGGGGAGAUUGGGAGUGUUGUUGGACGGUUUGGAGGACGGCUUGCUACUCCUCCGCUCUCGAGUGGAGAAUGUACGGUCACAGAUCAGAUUAUGAAGGUGGAGUCAUGA